GCCCGCCUCAUCGCAAUCUCUGCUGCCACAUAUCAACUGUCUGCCGGCUUUCACGGCUUUUUCUGGCCCAAAGUGUUCUGGGACUUCGCCACGAAGAAGGUCGAUCGAGCAGUAUAUCCCAUACCAAUUCUGCAGCUUCUGAACGUGGUUAGUGCUCUGGGGAUACUAGCACUCGAAUGGCCUUCGCGAUAUCUUGUGCGCUUUCAAUCAAGAACAACCAUUCAUUUCAUUGCUCUGUUACUGGCAGCCAUACCCGCAGCCCUGCUUUUCCAGAGUGUAGAUGCUGUUCUUUACUACUCAGUUGCAGCUGUUUUGUACUGG